AUGUUUGGCGCUUUAAACCGCUUUAUAGCUCGCCUCGACGGUGAGCCGCCUCCACGCCAGGCUGAUGCAGGACCUCCGGAUACCUCAUAUGGCUUUCAAGUCCUUCGAAACACGAACAAGGACCUCCCUAUUGAGCCCUGGUUUGACUUCAUCAUCGGCAUCAACGGCCAUUACCUGGACUCUCCCGAUCCCACCUUGUUUACGACGGAACUGCGCAACUGCGCCGGUGGAUACUGUUCCCUGGAUCUAUGGAGCGCAAAGGGCCAGAGAACACAUUCAGUCAGCGUCGCCGUCCCCGCGCUCCCCGAAACGCUCGGGCUCUCCCUACAACUCGCACCUCUCAGUUCCUCACACAACAUCUGGCACGUUCUUAGCAUUCCCUCUCCUUUGUCUCCCGCCCAUCAAGCGGGGCUCGUACCACACAGCGACUACAUCCUAGGCUCCCCAAGCGGUACUUUGAAAGGAGAAGGUGCUCUCGGCGAGCUCGUCGAAGACCACCUUAACCGCAGUCUGGUGCUGUGGGUCUACAACUCGGAAUUCGACGUGGUUAGAGAGGUGGAACUCGUGCCGCGAAGAGGAUGGGGAGGAGAGGGCGCUUUGGGUGCGAUCCUUGGUUUUGGCGCCCUGCAUCGUCUACCCGUGGGGUUGGGAGAGGAGGUGCAAGCACCAGGAGAAAAUCUAUUUGAUGCUGAUAGGAAGAGCUGGGAGAAUGGACAACAGGAGAUGUUUACCAACACUUUCCAGGCUGCCCCAGCUCAGGAUCUACCUCCACCACCGAUGGUUAACCCGAAUAUUCCUCCGCCGCCACUGAUGAAUCCCGAUGCUACACCGCCCAAUGCAUCCGCAGCUUCCAGAUCACGAAAAGGCAGACAUCAUGGCGCAGCCGCUCUUGGUAGUGGCUUCGAUGAUAUAUUUGCUGAAGGGGCAAAGAAGAGUGCCGAGCAAGAUCAUGUGCCUUCGAGAAAGGGCACACCGCUUGCCCCGCCGCCGAAAGUCACAUCCGCUGGACCAACACCACAUUCCGUCACCCAUGAGCAAGGAGAUCCACUGGCACAAGCUGGGGAAGAUCUUGGUGAACCUGGUGAUGCCGAAGAAACGUGA